GCACAAUGCUAAACUGAAAUUGCACAAUUUAUCAUUUGGCUUAAAAAACGUCAAAAUGAAAAUAAAGCAGAAACCAACAAAGAUGUUGGCAACAUUUCAUCUGUUGAUGUUUUUUUCAUUUUUCAUUUGCAAAAGUUUUCAAACGAUGACCGAUGAAGAAGCUGUGGAAAAGUGUGUAAUUCUGGACGUGGGAGACGUGGCUGUAGCUGUGAGGGUGGCGAAUCAGUUCGACUUGCAGUUCGAAAUAGACGAGACAGCCGAGGUGGGGACUCUCUUCACCAUUCCCCCCGCGGGAGGAGGAGGGGGGGAGGACAUGGUCAAAUUCGCAUUCAGCGAUGACUUUGACGGGCGCUUCGGCAACAAGGAGUACACGAUUGUGCUGAACACGCCCUUUGAUCUGGAUGUGGAGGGGGCUCCGACCUACUACGAAGUGCCCGUGGACUGUCUCGUCUCGACCGACUUCGGAUUUUCUCAUCAGAGGAGGAUGACAUAUCUGUUGAAGAUGACAAUUGUGCCUGUAAAUGACAACCCUCCUCAAUUUAUACCCAGCACAAUUCAGUUCAACUUGCUGGAGAACGAGGAACCCAACCCAGCGGUGUCUGUGUUUUCGUUUCUCGUCACAGACGGGGAUCUAGUCGAGGUGCAUCAAGAGUCGACUCUAUCAUUCACAGGCGCCGACCAGGAUGUUGCGCGGGAACUUUUCUCCCUGUCUGAGCUGGUUUCAAAUGGGAACAACCAAUGGGAGGCGAGCAUGGCUCUGAUUGGCUAUCUGGACUACGAGAGCAAACCAGUGCUGGACUUCAAGGUCGAAGCCAUCAAUAGUGUGCCCGGGGCAUUAGACAGUGUGAUGUCGGCGACUGUGGACGUGGUGGUGUCCAUAGAAGACACGGACGACAGGGAUCCCGUCUUCACCUCAAACCUCUACUCCGCCUACGUCGACGAGGGAUACACAGGGGUCGUGACUGUGGAACCUGCUCUGCUAGCCGAAGACGGGGACGCAUUCAAUUACACCAUCGCAUAUCGACUGAAAGAGCCAGUGUUUGGGUUUUCUGUUGAGGAAUCAUCCGGUCAGAUUAGUCUGAGUCAGCCACUGGAUCGAGAUGGGCAGAAUGGAGUCCAGUCGCGCACUCUUCUAAUUGAAGCCUACCAACUCAUUAACUCCCAGAGAAGAGCCAGCGUUGCCGUCAUUGUGUAUGUCGAGGACGUGGACGACAAUGCACCCGUCAUGACCCAAACUCUCUACGAGGCCACAGUCCCUGAGAACUCCCCCCAGUCCACUUUUGUUCUACAGCUGUCUGCCGUCGACCUCGACAUCGGAGCGAAUGCGGAGUUUGAGUUUUACAUUUCCUCUGCAUCUUCAUCUUCAUCUUCAGCCGAGUCACUUCCGUUUGAGCUGAGCAGACAGGGCACUCUCGUAGUGGCCAAUGGGGCCACACUGGAUAGAGAAGCCACACAACAGUACCAGUUCAAGGUGCUGGCUCGUUCGGUGGUUGACCCGUCAAUCACGAGUGAGGAAUCGACAGUGAGAGUGACAGUCGAGGAUGUUAACGACAAUGGUCCCGUGUUCUCCCAGACCACCUACUCCUUCUCCAUAGCCGAAAACACCCAGACACCCGCUGCACUUGGAACUAUAUCGGCGAGUGAUGCAGACGAGGGUUCCAACGGUGAAGUAUCGUACAGUAUCAGUUACGUGUCUGACAACGGAGACGCACUUUUCUCCGUCGAAGGGGAGGGGCAACUCACUCUAUUACAGCCAGUGCCCAGUUCGUUCCAGGGGUCAUCUUACCAGUUGAUAAUUGUGGCCUCAGAUCAGCCUCAAAACCAACAGCAGAGGUCUUCUUCUGUGGAGGUGACAGUAGGCAUCAGUCGUGUGAACGACAAUGCACCCCAGUUUGUGCGACAACUCUACCAAUUCACUGUGUCCGAGAGCCGAGAAGAAGGAGCCACCGUGGGAAACAUUGUCGCGGUAGACGGAGACGGGGAUGACAUAGUGUAUUACUUGAAGGCAGACCAGUUCCCAGACUCGGAUUCAUUCUCCAUCUCUGUGUUUGACAACGAGGCAGUUUUGUCACUCGCAAGCACACUCGAUCGAGAAGUGAAAGAUUCCUACUCCUUUCGUGUAUUUGCCAACGACGGAAAUGCCCAAAUCGAAGCCGAAACCGAAGUGGUUGUCACUGUUGCCGACGCCAACGACAACAGUGCCAUUUUUAGCCAAUCAGAGUACUCGUUUUCCGUCGACGAGGAACAACCAAUUGGAUCCUUUGUCGGAAGAAUCGAAGCUUCGGACCUUGAUUCGGCUUUUAACGGAGAAAUUGUAUACUCGAUUGUCGGAACAUCCGCGUUUUCGGUUAAUUCCGAGGACGGAACAAUAACGACAAAGAAUGUUCUAGAUCGAGAGCUGAUUGAAGAUUACGUCAUAGUUGUGAAGGCACAAGAUCAAGCAGUGACGUCACCGAGGUCUACGAAUGCUAAGGUCUCGGUGACUGUCGUGGAUAUAAACGACAAUGGGCCCCGAUUUGCAAAGACAAGUUACUCGGCGUCCAUUCUGGAAAACGUUGUUGCCGAAGAUUUCCUCACUGUUUUUUCUGCCCGUGUUUUGCAGGACGUGAAUGACCUUUCCCCCCUCUUCUCCCAGCCGGUGUACACUUCCUCUGUGCUGGAAAGUGUGGGGGAGGGGACGGUUGUCCAGGUGGUGUCUGCCUCGGAUGGGGACGACAGUGCUCAAUACAGGACUGUGUUCUACGCCAUCGCAAGCAGUGACGCAGCCUGGUUCAAAAUUGACACCGCUUCUGGUGCAAUAUCAGUGAUAGCAAAUCUGGAUGCCGAGCUAAUGCAAAACGUUUCAAUUGAAGUGAUAGCAUUUAACCCGGACAAACUAGACUUGAUCUCGACAGCCGAAGUAAUCAUCCGAUUAGUGGACACGAACGACAUGCCGCCUGUCUUCGAUCAGGACAAGUACACGACUACUGUCUCCGAGGCCACUGAAGUGGGCUCUGUCAUAUUUGAGUCGGGAAUGAUUCGGGCGGUGGAUUCGGAUGUGAGCAGAUUGCCAGUGGAGUACUCUCUGUUAAACCACUUGACCAUUCCGCUUUCAAUUGACUCCGAAUCUGCCAAAGUAACGCUUUCUGGAGUACUUGACUUCGAGAAAUCAGGCGGGCGCUACGAGUUCGUGGUCAUAGCAACCGAUUUGACCUCUCCCUUCCUCUCGGGGGAGGCUGUUCUCGAAAUCCUAGUGACCGACAGCAAUGACCAAGCCCCUGUUUUCGCUUUGACCGAGUAUCACUUCGCGGUUUACGAGAACAGUCCGACUGGGACCCUCGUCGGGAAACUAACUGCGUCGGAUGGCGAUAGCAUCGACCUCGACUUCAGCCUUCUAGAAAGUUCUGAAUUCUUUCCUUUCGUCAUAAAUUCGACGACUGGUGAUAUCCACACAACUGAUUUGAUUGACCGAGAAGAAACGAAUGCGUUCACUUUUGAAGCAAUCGUUUCAGACGGCACGAGUUUCAUGACUUCGCAAAUUGAAGUCGAGAUCCGAGAUCUAAACGACAAGUACCCGAAUAGCCCGAACGACUCGUACAGCUUUGUAAUUCCCGAACUCCAGGCUCGCGGUUUUCAAGUGGGAAUUAUCUCGGCUAGUGAUGACGACGCGACGGUUCCGAAUAACCUUGUGGGCUUUCGGAUUGUUGCCGGUAAUUUCGAUUCGGCUUUCGCUAUCGAGAUCUACUCGGGAGUAAUAACUGUAAGCGAUCAGGAUGCGAACAACAUUAUAACUCACCCUCAAUUCGUUUUAGCCAUUGAAAUUUACGAUUUUGGCGAACCAUCUUUAAGUACAAUAGUUGAAGUUAUAAUAGAGUUGACUGAUGUCAAUAAUAAUUUGCCUUCGUUUCCGAAAGAUUUGUACGAGGCUACAAUUCCCGAAGACCUCGCGACUCCGUCGCUUGUCGUGCAAGUCCAAGCUGUUGACCUUGACGACUCGGCUGAUUUGUCGUACGCUUUUGUGACACCUGUCAGUAAGUUUAUGAUUGAUCAAUCAAAUGGGAGAAUUCUAGUCGCACAAAAAUUAGAUGCUGAAACGCAAAACGAGUAUUCGUUCACGAUUCAAGUUAACGACGGCGUUCAUGUUGCAAGAACUUCGGUUUUAGUCCACGUUUCGGACGUUAACGACAACGCACCCGAGUUUAUAAGUGAUUUCACGAACAUUUCAGUCUCGGAAACAGCGCCAAUUGGCGAAGUGGUCGGAACAAUCGAAGCGUUUGAUGUCGAUAGCGGAGCUAAUGGGCUAAUCUACAGUUUCUCGGAAGGAUCGAGUUAUUUUUCAAUCAGAAGCACAACUGGUGAGAUUUUGGUCGCCCAAAAUCUAGAGACUCGACCUCAAAAUAUUUUUCCGAUAACAGUCGAGGCGCUAGAUAUAACUCCACCUUCUGACAAAAUAACACAGUUUCAAUUUGUUAUUGAAGUUAUCGACAGCAGCAAAAAUGCACCCACUUUUAACACCGAUUUAAUCGAACUUCAAAUCCCAGAAAAUUCUGAAAUUGAUUCUCUAAUUUUCAGAUUAAACGCGACGGACUUAGACGACGGUUUAGGCGGUGAAAUAGAGUAUAUUCUCCUCAGCCAAUCGGAUCAAGGCAAGUUUGCUAUUGACCAUUCGGAUUUGAUUUUGCUUAGCCUAUUGGAUUACGAGGUGCAGUCAUUUUAUACAUUGGUUGUCAGGGCUCAAGAUUUCGGCGAGAUUCCUCUUUCAACGGACGUAACAAUUAGUUUAAAAAUUAAAAAUUUAAAUGAUAAUUUGCCGCAAAUUUUAAAUCUACCUCAAACAACUUAUUACCUUCAGAGUCAAAAUUAUUUCUACUUCCGAGUUAUAUGCGAUGACCGAGAUAUAAACCGUUAUGACUCAGUGGGGAAAAUUGAAUACUCAUUAAGCAAUUUUGCUGAAAAUUUUUCAAUUGAUUUGAAUAAUGGCGAAAUUUUUCCCAAAAAUAAUGUGCAAAACUGGGAUAGUUUGACCUUGGGAGUGGUUUGUACCGAUGGUCAAUUCACAGUUCAAAGUUCAUUAGAGGUCAAGUUUGAAAUUGACGCAACAGGUUACGUUCUUCCGAGAGCCGAAAAUACCUCCAGAAGUGUUAUCACAAUACCCGAAAACUCGGAUUCAGUCGCGAAAGUUUUCGAUCUUAAUGACGUUGUUUCGGUUUUUGACCCUGAUAAUAACAGAAUCAAACGGAGUUCUUCGGAUUCUGACUCGGUUUCUGUGUCGUAUGAACUCGUGAGCAGUAAUUUCGAUCGGUUUUCCGAGUUUUUCUCGCUGACAGACUCGGGAAUUCUGUGGACUAUCAGGGCAAUUGAUAAAGAAUUCUUACCAGACGACGAGAGAAUUGUAAUCGAUGUUGCAAUGCACGCGGAGUUAUCUCCUUCGAAAUUGACAUUCUAUUCAAUUGAAAUUGAGAUCCAAGACGAAAAUGACAACAGUCCCACUUUCACAAAGCGCUUCUACUCGGUUCGAUUCCCGAGCAACACUCUUAUGGACUCUAUCGUGGCCACAGUCCAGGCCAUAGAUGAAGACUCCUCAAGUUCCAUAGAGUACUCAUUCAACUAUGACCUCAUGAAUGGAACUGAAAGUGACGAGGACUUGAAAAGAAGGUUGCUCGAAAUUGACCCCACUUCGGGGGAGAUCAAAUUGGACGUCGAUUUGAGUUCAGAUGAGUUUGCUGAGCUGAUUGAUCAGAAAAUUGAAUAUUUUGUGGGGGCAUCUGACGGGGAGUUUGCGAGUGUGAUUUCUGUAUUCGUGCUGAUAGAGUCAUUCGUGGAAGGGGGACCCACCUUCUUAGAAUCCCAAUUUAACCUCACACUGCCAGAGAACAUGGGCCCUGGUGCCAAAAUUCUGACCCUCACGUCUUUGUCCACACGUGACCUUCCAGUGGAGUACGAAAUAGUAUCCCAAGUUUACCCUGUGUUCCAAGUGGGAUCUACUACAGGUGUCCUUAGGAUAUCGGAUGAUCCCAUUCAAGCCCAGUUCUUCGACUACGAGUUGAUCACACAAAUGGAAGUCAUAGUUCAAGUCUCGCAACCUAGAGCGUCGCCGCCUCGUUCUAUGGACUUGGCAACUGUCAGAGCUGAAAUCAUGGACCUGAAUGACAACUCACCUGUGUUCACAAUAGUUGGAGAAACAACCUUGCAAUUCAAAGAGUCGGAGGAAAUAGUAGUUCCAUUUCGGAUCGUGGACUUGGACUCUGGCAAGAAUGCAGAGGCAGUGUUUGAGUUCGAAACUGUUCCUCCUUCAAUCACCACUCUGCUGUCUUCAGAAUCGAAUGAGCUGAUUUUUGCUCCUGUCGACUUUGAGCUGUUGCCUGAACAGAUAAUUCCUGAUAGAGAUGGAAGGAGGAUCUUCCAAGUGGACAUUACUGCCAGUGACAAUGGCACUCCAAGACUAUCUUCCGCUACCACGGUGACAGUGUUUAUUGAGAACGAGAACGACAACUCCCCGCAAUGGGUUGAAUUUCCCCCCGAGGGGGUGUUGAGCGUGGUGGAAAAUGAGUCAUCCGAGAGUGAAAGUGUGUUCACGUUUGUGGCCAAGGACGGAGAUGCCUCCGAUACUGUCAGCUACUACAUAGAGAUUAAUUUCAAAGGUAAAGAGCGGGUCUAUUAG